AUGGGUUUUGUUGUUGUAUGUUGCGUUUGUCAUAGAAAGGUCAGCGAAAUGGGAGCGUUUAUGUACCUGAACGAAUUGUGGAAGAAGAAGUCUUCCGAUGUGAUGCGCUUCAUUCAGCGUGUGCGCGCGUGGGAGUUCCGUCACCAGCACACAGUUGUGCGUCUGCGUCGUCCUACGCGUCCGGAGAAGGCCCGCAUGCUUGGAUACAAGACAAAGCAAGGGUUCUCCGUGUUUCGCGUGCGUGUUCGCCGCGGUGGGCGCAAGCGUCCUGUGCACAAGGGUAUCACGUACGGUAAGCCCAAGACGAGUGGUGUGUUGGGUGUUAAGCUCAACAAGAACAGUCGCGCCAUUGCAGAGCAGCGGCUUGGUAAAAAGUACGGCAACCUUCGUGUGCUGAACUCGUACUGGGUGAAUGCCGACUCGACCUUCGUGUGGUAUGAGGUGGUUGCAGUGGACCCAAUGUGCCGCACUAUUCGUCGCGACCCACGCAUCAACUGGAUUGUGAACGCAGUGCACAAGCACCGUGAACAGCGUGGCCUCACUUCGGCGGGUCGCAAGCACCGCGGACUGCGCCACAAGGGCCACAAGGCGUCAAAGCUGCGUCCGUCAGUCCGCGCCGCGUGGCGCCGCAACAACCGCAUGGUCUUCCUGCGCAAGCGUUAA